CAGAGAGACACAGACAGACGAGAACUGAGCCGAGGAAACUAUUCUUCAUCCAUACAGGUGCCAGAGAUCAUCCGACCAAAGACAUGAUUUCACUGAGCAGCUGUCAGACGCUCCUCCUGAUGGCCGUCUGUGGCGUCUUCUGCUGCAGGACUCUUGCACUGCCUGCCAUCUCUGAAUAUCCAGGCAUCAGACCAGAUGCCCUGGAUGAAGACGGAGAGUACGACUGGACGAGAGAUCCGUCACUACAUGAUCUGGAGGCGUAUAAACUCCUGUAUGAACUCGCAAAAACCGUCGAGAGACCAUCCAGACACGCUGACGGACUGUUCACGAGCGGAUACAGUAAACUGCUCGGACAGCUGUCUGCUAAAGAAUAUCUGGAGUCUUUACUUGCAAAGAGAGUCAGUGAUGAGCUGGAUGUGCAGCAGAUGCCUGUGAAGCGUCACUCAGAUGCUGUCUUCACAGACAACUACAGCCGCUACCGCAAACAGAUGGCAGCCAAGAAAUACCUCAACUCCGUUCUGUCAGGAAAAAAGAGGUGAUGCACUCCUGUUCAAACGCUGUUUGUGCUCUUCGACAGGUGAUGUGGACGCACAGCUUCAAGAUUUCGCCAUCAUUAUAUAUUCAAGCUUACACAAUCUAUUACAGCUGAAAUUGAGUUAACAGCAGUGAACACAACACAAACUGAUCGAGCGUGUCAGUGAAUGAAUCAGUGUGAAUGACACGUCUGUUUGCUGUUGGCUGACUAAUAUUGUUAUGUCUAGAGGAAUCUAUUUUGACUGCAGUCGUUCUUGGUAAUUGAAGUUAAACUAAU